AACGCGCCUUCUUCUCUGUCCUCAUCUGCUCGAAUAAUAAUUCUCGGAAGACGGCGACGACGGCAAAACCCCCGUCCAUCUCUCUCUCUCUCUCCCCCAUUUCCCCGCCGGCGACUGCUCUCUACCGUCUUCUCAAUUCCGUCCACGACCGAGAAUCACCCAUUAGAAACCCGACUUCGACGAUCAUCAACGAACGCCGAGGUGAAAACCUAGGGUUUCUGAUUGCGGAGCUUGGAACCGGAGGGAUGCUCGUGUUGGAUACGGAGAGUAAUGUUACUGCGGCGUUUUAAAUGGAUCAUUGGCUUUAAUACGAACAAAAAUCUCUCCUCUUCUUCCCCUUCUUCUUCUUCCUCUUCCUCUUCGAAUCAUCCGAAGAGGCUGUCUAAUGCGCCCUUGUCGCCGCGACCGCCGACACCUCCGCCGCUUCCGAAGCGUAAGCUUCCAAUGUUGGAUGCCGUGCACGAGAUUGCCAUAUACAUUCAUCGCUUCCACAACCUCGACCUCUUCCAGCAAGGAUGGUAUCAGAUUAAGAUUACGAUGAGAUGGGAGGACAGUGAAAACAGUUCUCUUGGAACUCCAGCUCGAGUGGUUCAAUAUGUAGCUCCUGAAGUUGGUGCUGAUGAUGUAUAUGGAGUUUGGAGAAUUGAUGAUACAGAUCACAGUUUCUCAACACAGCCUUUCCGGAUCAAAUAUGCAAGGCAGGAUGUUCUUCUAUCUGUCAUGAUUGCAUUCAAUCUAUCACUGGGUAAAUAUGAGGGUUUGCCUGCAUCUGCUGUCAUUUUGAAGUUUGAGCUUAUGUAUGCCCCUGUAUUGGAAAAUGAGUCUGGUUUGCAGACUUCUCUGGAUGCAUGCUCUACUGCAGUCCAUGAAUUUAGAAUUCCACCUAAAGCUCUUCUCGGCCUGCAUUCAUAUUGCCCUGUACAUUUUGAUGCUUUCCAUGCCGUGCUUGUUGAUAUUACCAUACAUAUCACCCUAUUGAAGGGUAAUUUUCACACUGCCUCGGCGAAGGUACCCAGCGACUCUUCUGCUAUCAAACGGUUGGCUGAUGGAAAUUUUGACAAGCCGAAGCAAGCCAUGCUUGUCAGAGCACUAUUAACUUCCCGGGACAUUCUCCUUGAAGAGCUACGAAACCUCAGCAAAUCAAUUAAUCAAAUAAUUGAUUUGAGUGAUUUUACUUCCGAACUGGAUGAUUCGAAGUUGUUUGGUUCUUCUCUGCGAGGAGUUGUGGAGACUCCACGUGCUGUAGUUUCGGCAGAAGCAUCUACCAUGCCACAAAUGGGUUCUGAGAAACCAAAUGGUAGUGUUGAUUUCCGGGACCAUGAGUUCUUCCGUUCCUUAUCCAAGGAUGAACUCUUGAACUUCUUCCAUUUGCUUGGGAGUCAAAUAUUGUACUUGUGGAACACGUUUCUGAAAUUUCACAGGGCUAAUGAAACAAAAAUUUUGGAGUUUUUGCGAGAUGCAUGGGCUAAUGACAGGAAAGCUGAAUGGUCGAUUUGGAUGGUGUACUCUAAGGUGGAUAUGCCUCACCAAUACAUAAGUAGUGGGGUUGAUGACUCCUACCGUGGUGCUCAUGGAAAAGCAGCAGUUCUCCGCAAGUUAACUGAGGAUCCUGCACAAACUGCUGCAGUACGAGCUGAGCUUCAUCGACGUGGUAUAGAGCAAAUGAGGAUCAACAACAGGUCUAUACAAGACCUGCAUAUCUUCGGUGAUCCUUCGCGCAUUCCGAUUGUAAUUGUAGAACGUGUCAUGAAUGCUCCGUUACGUUCUACUAGUGGAAAUUCGUACUUCACUAAUCCCAGUGAGAAAGAUACACCUAACUUGCUCACUGAUAUUGGGUCCAAGGCGAAAAACAAAUCUGGUCCUAACACUCAACAACGUGGUCGUGUACUGAAGAUUGUUGUCUUUGUGCACGGUUUUCAGGGACAUCAUCUGGAUUUACGGCUUGUUCGGAAUCAAUGGCUUUUGAUGGAUUCCAAGGUAGACGUGCUUAUGUCAGAGGUGAAUGAAGAAAAAACUUCUGGGGACUUCAGAGAAAUGGGAAAAAGGCUAGCUCAAGAAGUCACUUCAUUCGUUAAGAAGAAAAUGGAUAAAGCCUCAAGAUCUGGAAGUUUACGAAAUAUCAAGCUUAGCUUUGUUGGGCAUUCCAUUGGAAAUGUCAUCAUAAGAACAGCGUUAACAGAGGAAAUUAUGGAGCCAUACCUAAGAUACCUGUAUACAUAUCUUUCUAUAUCUGGCCCACAUUUAGGUUACCUGUACAGUUCAAACUCAUUAUUUAACUCUGGACUGUGGGUCCUGAAGAAGUUCAAGGGCACACAGUGCAUUCAUCAGCUUACUUACACUGACGAUCCAGAUCUGCAAAAUACUUUCUUGUAUAAACUCUGCAAGCAAAAGACGCUGGAGAAUUUCAAGAAUAUAAUUCUGUUAUCUUCACCUCAGGAUGGUUAUGUUCCGUAUCAUUCCGCUAGAAUUGAGAUGUGCCCAGCAGCUGCAGGAGACAACUCGAAGAAGGGCAAAGUCUUCAUGGAGAUGCUGAAUAAUUGCUUGGACCAGAUACGGGCACCCUCCUCUGAGCAUAGGUUGUUCAUGCGAUGUGAUGUCAAUUUUGAUAUCUCCACCCAAGGCAGGAAUUUGAAUACCUUCAUUGGACGGGCUGCUCAUAUCGAGUUCUUGGAGUCCGAUGUUUUUGCCAGGUUCAUUAUGUGGUCUUUCCCGGAACUGUUUCGAUGAUUAUAUGUUACUAAUACAGUCUUAGGCAGGCUAUCCCCGCUGGCUACAUGUCAAUACAAGCGACUUGAGUUAGCAACGGCUUUUCAAGGCCUUUACAAGGACAUUGUUGUCCUAUUGUGCAAAUUUUUAGGGUUUUUCAGACGAGUUUUAUGUUUCUGGGCUGCUGAGCUAAACACCCGUGAAAUUUUCAAAAUGAAAAAGUCAAAAAGCUUGGCAGCUCAUGAAAUGUAGACAUGAAAAAAAAAAAAAAAAAAGAACCUAAAAAUUUAUCAAUAGGCCAAGAUGGGCGAAACACUAAAGAACCGGCUUUCAAGCAGUUGCCAAACCAAGCAAUGUUGGUGUUGUAAAUGCAAGCACAUCCUGGACACGGGGGCAAGUACAGACAAAUCAUUUCAGCAUUGUUCAUGGUUGGCUCGAAUCUGACUCGGAUCGAAGUGUUUUUUUUCUCUUGAAGUUUUCGCUCGGAUUUGAAUUUAGAGAUGUGAUUAAAUACUGUAGGUAAAAUUAGAAUGCUCUGGUUUCUUAUUCUUCUUGUGUAAACUACUUUUGCUUUACGCAGUCAGGGGGUUCUAUAAAUGAAUGGUUCAGAUUCACAACUGUGUGAAUUUGAAUUAUUCAUUUCCAUUUCAUGGACACUUCCAUGGAACAUUUUCAUGUACCAUAACAGGCCUCAUAUUUGUAAACUGGAGGAAGGAGGGUUGGAUUUAGAUCCUUUUUAUUUGUGCAGUAAUAAAAUUAGUGUUGCAUUUCCA